AUGAGCGAGAACGAUCACCCACACGCACCAAAGAAGACCAAGACGACAGCUCCUGUCUCUGCUUUUCGAAAGUCCCUCGGAAAUGAGAAGGGUCUGGUCAACUCAUGGAAUGAGUGGGACACCUUGGAAGAGAUCAUCGUUGGGAUCGCAGACAAGGCUGUGAUCCCUCCCAAAGAGCCGGCGUUUGAGAUGAAAGUGAAGGACUCUGGGAAGAUCCACAUGCUUGAGGGCACAGGAUACAGGACAGAACAGUCGAUCAAGAUGGCAAACGAUCAGUUGAACUACUUCGUAGAGCUGCUCGAGGGAGAGGGAGUUGUUGUCCGCCGACCUGAUGUCGUCGACUUCAACGUCCCCGUUAAGACGCCUGACUGGGAGGUCCCGCGAAUGAACACCUCCGCAUGCCCUCGCGACCUUCUCCUAACACUUGGAAAUGAAGUGAUCGAAGCUACCAUGUCAUGGCGGUCGCGCUUCUUUGAGUAUCGCCCCUACCGCGGCAUUCUCAAGGACUACAUGAAGAGAGAUCCUUGCAUGCUCUGGACCUGCGCCCCAAAGCCGCUCAUGGCGGACAACCUCUACCGCUCAGACUACCCGACAGACUACUCGGCCAAGAACAAGGAGCUCGUGCGCAACUACAUAUACCUGACGUCGGAGGAGGAGCCGAUCUUUGACGCAGCGGACAUCAUGAGGUUCGGAAAGGACAUCUUCGUUCACAUGGGAUUCACCACCAACGAGUUUGGGUUUGAGUGGCUGAGGAGGCAUUGCGCUUCAAGGGGCAUGCGCGCGCACAUGCUGCAUUUCCCCGACGACCUCUGCCCCUUCCACUGCGAUGCAACGUUCGUCCCCCUCCGCCCUUACCUGGCGCUCGAGAACCCUGCUCGGCCCAUGGAGCCGUUUGAGAGGAGGAUCUUCGAGGAGAACGACUGGAAGCUCAUAACAGCAGCUCAACCCAACACCAUGGAGAUGCCCGCUCUGUCCCAGUGCUCCCCUUGGCUGUGCAUGAACGUCCUGUCCCUCAGCGAGAAAGUCAUCUUUUGUGAGGAGACGGAGAAGGAGAUGAUGAACCUCUUCAACGACUACGGUUUCGACACGAUCCCCGUCCCCUUCCGCAACGUCUUCGAGUUCGGAGGCUCUUUCCACUGCGUCACCACUGACAUCAGGAGGAGAGGAAAGAAGCAGUCAUAUUUCAAGGCGCUUGACGCGCAGGAAGCUGCGGCACAGUAA